GUGACCACACACGGUACACAGUGUUGUAGAGUACACGAGCUCGCGUGACGGACUUAUACACACACGGAUACAAACAACCACUUUAAUAUUGGACAUUUGGAUUUACGAUUUGAUAUUUCAUCAGAUCAGGUUUUAUUAGGAAAACAUGUCAAAACGGAUGCGGGGAUUUGGACUCUCGGCUGAGCUAUAUAGAAAGCGAAAAGAUCAGUACAACAAUGAGUUAGACCGAGAACAGGAGGCUCGACUCUGGAUUGAAGACGUCAUUGGCAGGAAAAUCUCCAAAGAUGCGGACAGCAGCAAGCCCCUUAAGUGGGAUGGACUUCACGAGUGUCUAAAGAAUGGUACCAUCUUAUGCGAAUUAAUAAAUGCUUUGGAAGAAGGUUCCGUGAAAAAAAUUAACAAACCGAUGACAAACUACCAUAUGAUGGAAAACAUCGCCAACUUCCUGUCUGCCAUCCAGCAGUAUGGAGUGGCCAAAGAGGACCAAUUUAACACCCCCGAUCUGUUCGAGAAUACCAACAUGCUGGCUGUAGUCAACACACUCCACGGACUAGGCAGGGCGGCUCAGAAAAAGCGCUUUCCAGGAGCAGUUCUUGGUCCUAAAGAAGCGGAAUACAAUCCACGUAAUUUUGGCGAAGAGGUCAUGAACAAGGGACAGACUGUAAUAGGGCUCCAGGCUGGAUCAAACAAGGGCGCCUCCCAGAGAGGCAUGAGCUUCGGUCGAACACGGAGCAUCAACGAACCUUAUGUGUCAAGCUGAAAAUGUUCUACCUAGGAAUUUAAAAUUAUGUAGGUCAUUUAUACAAAGUCAUAAUGCUUCUGUGAGAUAAUAGCCUUGAUCAGAUCCAUUUUGUCUUUACUCUCAUAUAGUCUAGUUUCAGUUAGUUUGUCUCAAGUGCUCUGCUGGCGAAACACCCCUGAUGAUAAUGGAAGGUUAAUCAAGUGUAUUGGAGAUUGUGCAUUGAGGUAUUGGUGACAUCAGAAAAACCAACAUGUAAGAAAAACAAGUUUUGUUUUGUGUCAUUUUUUAUGUUUGUUAAAGGGUUCUAAGUAGGCUGUUUAGGUAAAGAUGUUUACCAACGGAAUACCGCUGAUUUAAGUUCUAGUAAACGUUCUACAUUUUUUUGUGAAAUUUGGUGUCGUUUGACUCAUUGAUAAGCGAUUGGCUAUUUUUAAAGAGUGUUUAUAUGAAUCAGCUAAAAAUUAAAUACAUCUGUCAAAAUUGCAUUUAUGUACAGUCAUGGGUUGAAUCAUUCCGUUAUGACUUGUCAUACUGAAUUAGCCAAACUUUUAAUUUAUUCAGUUGUUACAGAGAUGUUUUACACAAGAAGAGUGUAUCAUUGUUUGUAUUCUCUAAAUCACAAGUCGUAAUAAAUCCAUUACUGUGGUUAGUUUAAGUAUUACCUAUUCAGGCUAAUGUAUCCUGCUUUGUUGUGUCUGGCUUUGUAUAUGAUGUUGCAAUGCUUAUAAUUGCAUGGGAUAAAAAAACAUAAGCAUUCUUUUUAAUAAAAAGCUAGUUAUACUUUCAUGUUGAUAAAACGUAUUUUUCUGUGGUUCUUCUUUCUCUGGUUUUAAUAAAAAAAUAAGAAAAAAACCUUUUCUUUUAGGUAGCUAUGGACCUAUACUUUUCUUAGUGAAAUUUUAUUUUGAAGGUGUCAGUUUUUGCGAUUUUAAUGUACCUCCUUUAGUAAAGCUUGAUUAUAUGGUAAUCAACUUUUCAUCUUCCAAAAUGUCAACAUUUACACUGUUCUUUGGAUCUUAACCUGAUUUCUUGUUCAAUUUAUGUAACAAUAUACAUGUACAAUUUCACCUUUGAUAAAACAUAUACAUUAUAUCUAUGAAAACAUAUACAUUAUUUCUAUAAAACUUUCAAUAUGAUUUUACAUUUCACCUGUAUAUUUCUACUUUUAAUUAAGUAUGCUUUUUACUUCAAUAUUUGUUUAAGAUCAUGUAGAUUUAAAACACAUGUGAACAUUUGUUUAGGGUUCCAAUGCCAUUUCUUUUAAUCUUAAACUGUUGCUUGUUUGCAUCGUACUGCAUCUGACUUUGUAAUCAAAUUGUGACGUCAACAUACGUCUAAAAGAUAGGAUUUUUUUUAUUUGUCUGACCUGAAUCAAAUAAUUGAUUUAGAUAUGUAGAUAGAUUGGUUGUGAUAUGCUUGAUAUCAACUUUGUUACGUUGAUAAGGAAUGAUGUUCUAGGAACACGAGCCUUGCCCUGUCUAUAAAUGAAAUAACCGUUUUUGAAAUUAGCCGUUUUCAGUAAUAUGACUCGAUCUCCUUUCACAUAAUAGCCAGUUGUUUGUGCCUUAGGAUCCAAUCAGCAUUAUCAAUGUGUCUGGUAACUCUUUAAAACUCACUUUCACUCAAUUUCAAAAACGUUUUUAUUUUGUUACAAAAUGAUUGGACAGUUAAAAAAGUAUAGGAAAAAUUUCUAUUUAUAAUGUGUAUAUACAUGUAAUAGCAUUAUAGUCAAUGUUUUCGCUUUAUUCAAAUGCUCCUUUAAAGUAAAAAUGUAGCUUUUUUUCAGCGCUCUUUUAAUAAACCUUUUUGACAAUUUCCGCUAUCUUAAAUUCUUUUCAUCCAAGUAUCAUCUUUCGUAGGAUAAAUAUGCCAUUAUUAUAAUUUGUAUUUUCCAAGAUCAAUCAUUGUUCUAGUCUAGCCUUACAUUGAGUAGUUAAUUGAUUAACACCCAUUUUAUGAAAGCCAAUAUCAUUCAUUAUUCAUUGCUUAUAGUUUUGCGCAUUUAUUUGGCUUAAAACUUAAAACUGUAGAAUUUAAAGUAUUUUAGGUAAUAUUGUUGUACUUGUAUUUACAGAAAUUUUGGAUAGCAUUGAAACAUGUUUUUUAAACACAAAAAAAUAUAAUUUUUUAACAGGCUAUUAAAACUACUUAAAUAAAGUUGAGCAUGUAUGUUUUAUUGGUUAAAACGGAUUCGAUACAUAUUUCAUUGGUGAAAUGUAUUCCUUCCAGAGCCUUUCACGGAUUGUGCAUGUUAAUUUCAUUGGUGAAAUAUAUUCCUUCCAGAGUCUUUCACAGGUGUACAUGUUAAUUUCAUUGGUGAAAUGGAUUCUUUCUGGAGGCUUUCACGGAUUGCACAAGUUAAUUUUUAUUUGUGAAAUGGAUUCCUUUCUGCGCCUUUCAUGAAAUUUACAAGAAUAUUUCAUCGUUGAAAGAUCUGAUUGAUAUUCCCCCCCCCCCCCCCCCUUUUUUUUUACAUCGUCAGUUUCACUAAUAAACGGUCUGUAUUAAUAUUUGAUAUACAUAUACAUUUAUUGAGUUUGUUAAUAUUAUAAUGUAUUUUAUAUUGUAAAACGUAUUUUAUGAUAGAUAUGUAAUCCCCUGUUUCAGGUAGUAAUAAGCAGGACGAACGCUAAGUAAUUAAGCCCUACAAUAUGUAGUAAUUAUUACAUUUGUAUCAAAGUGCUCGCUCACAGUUAGUGGUUAUAUAAAAUGAUAUUCUUCUGAGUAUUUUCAGGAAAAUGUUUGCGAGUAUUUGGUUAGUAUUAUUUAGUCUAUAUACUGUACUGCAAACCAAUGGGUUUUCGCGGAGGUUCAUUUUCUCUGUUUGAUAGUCAUAGAGUAUGUGUUUGUGACAUAGUUUAGCAGUUCUUGGUUAUAGCCAUACUUAAAUGACCCUAGCUGUUGAAAGGGUGUUAAACAAUACUAAACCAAACCAAUUCUCGGUUCAAACUGGAAAACAGAAAGAAAAAAAACAACAUUUACGUGGUGAUGAAUUUUCUCGAAAAUAAUUCGCCCAGAAUAUUUGUUGGUUUGCAGUAUUCGACCUCAUAAAAAAAUGAUGAUAUCAGUAGUUGAUAACUAGAACGUGUAGUUAAUAAGAUGUAGGUUUUCUUGUCACUUGACAACUUAAUGAGGCCGUUUUAAGCUGACAUGGGGCCAAUUGGUAUUAAUAUCAGGAAAAUUUACCAUCCGGGACCAGAUUGAGUUUAAUUUUAAAGUAUAUGUUUAAGAUGGUUCAGUUUAUUUACAUCUUGAAAUGUACAAAGUGAAUACAAGGAUAGAAAACGUGUGGCGUUCUGUACCUGUGUCAUGAUGUAGUGUCUGGUACUCCAUGUUUACUGGUUUUGAUUUCAUAACAAUGGACAUUUAGAACACGUGUACUAUAACACUUGUGACGUCAUAUCACAUGACGUCACGGUAUGGUGUCGGUACUCAAAAUGUGUCCUCCCGGCUAUCCUUAAUAUAGAAAAUGCAUUGAAAAUAUAUCUGUAAAUGCUUCUAGGGUAAUAUGAUCAAUAGAAUCCGAAACGCUGUUUUAUGUAAUAGUUGAUUGAUUUUGACUAGUUUCAUACUACUUCCAUAUGACAUUCGCCAAAGGUUUCGUGUGAAAUUAAUAAUAUUCUGUGUACUAUAUGAACACACGUGUCCGAUUACUAGUGCGGAGUGUGCCUGUAUUACAUUCGAAUGUCCAGUGAACUUUCACUAUAGCCAUCAGUAUAUUUGCCGCAUAUACUGGCAAUGUAAGCCAAAUGAGUUCAUAGCAUUUCUGAAGGCAAAUAGAUUUUACUUACUAUGAAACAAAGCCUUGAUUUCUGUGACUCGUUACGUAAGAUUUAUCAUUACAUAUGUAGGCGUCUCUGUCUUUUACGGGACACAAUUCCACUUACAAAAUGUAUAGUGCGUUCAUGUAUGUAUAAAUGUGGUAUGAAAUCAAUAAAACAUGAUAUAUACAGGAUAGCUGAUGAUUAGAAAUAACCAGAAUUGCGUUCAUUGAAUAAUGAAUUACAUAUACGUGUGUUUAUCAUACUGACAAUACAUUCCGAUAAACUGUGUAACGUACGCACUACGGUAAUGGCUGGCGUUGUAUGAGCUUUGCAACCAUUAUCUUUUAUAUAAUAAACACGUAACAUUACA